CCGCCCCCGCCGGUCCCUGCCGGCGGCGAGCGGAGGCCGGGGGCCGGUGGCCAUGGGGCCGCCCGAGGAGGCGCGGGCGCGGCUGGCGGGCUGCGGGCAGAGCCACCUGCUGCGCUUCUGGGCCGAGCUGGGCCCGGCGGAGCGCGGGGCGCUGCUGGCCGCGCUGCCGCCGGAGCUGGGCGAGCACUGCCGGCUGGCGGCGGCGGCCGGGGCCCGCCAGCGCGGCCCGCCGGAGCGCCUGGACGGACGGAUGGAGCCUCUCCCCGCCCGCCUGCUGGGCAGCGCCCGCCGCAGCGGCCCCGCCGCGCUGGAGCGCUGGGAGGCGGAAGGCUUGCAUCAGAUCUCGCAGAACAAGGUGGCAGUGCUGCUCCUGGCUGGAGGACAAGGAACUCGCCUGGGAGUGAGCUAUCCCAAGGGCAUGUACGACGUGGGGUUGCCCAGUGGCAAGACCUUGUAUCAGAUCCAAGCAGAAAGAAUCCGCAAAGUGGAGCAGCUCGCGGGCCAGAGACACCACUGCAAGUGUGCCGUCCCCUGGUAUAUCAUGACGAGUGAGUUCACGCUGGGGCCGACAGAGGAGUUCUUUGUAGAACACAACUACUUCAACCUGGAUAGGUCCAACGUGGUCAUGUUUGAACAGAGGAUGCUGCCCGCCGUCACCUUUGAUGGGAAGGCCAUCUUGGAGGAGAAGGGGAAAAUUGCUAUGGCUCCAGAUGGCAACGGUGGCUUAUACCGUGCUUUGGUGGAUAAUAAGAUCUUGGACGACAUGAAGCAGCGUGGAAUCCAGUAUGUGCACGUAUACUGUGUGGACAAUAUCCUCGUGAAAAUGGCAGAUCCAGCCUUUAUAGGCUUCUGUGUUUCCCAAGGGGCAGAUUGCGGUGCAAAGGUGGUGGAGAAGGCGUACCCCACAGAGCCUGUUGGGGUGGUGUGCUGUGUGGAUGGCGUCUACCAGGUGGUGGAGUACAGUGAGAUCAGCCUGGAGACUGCACAGCAGCGGAACCCUGACGGGAGGCUGACGUACAGCACUGGCAAUAUCUGCAACCAUUUCUUCACGGUUGAGUUCCUGGAGAUGGUGGCCCAGAAAUACGAGCCGCAGCUGAGGCAUCACGUAGCCAUAAAGAAGGUGCCCUACAUUGACGAGGAGGGAAAUCUGGUAAAACCGCUAAAACCGAACGGGAUAAAGCUGGAGAAGUUUGUGUUUGAUGUGUUCCAGUUCUCUAAGAAUUUUGUGGCAUUUGAAGUUUUGAGAGAAGAGGAGUUCUCGCCACUAAAAAAUGCAGACACAGCUGACAAAGACACUCCUACCACUGCUCGGCAAGCCCUCCUGGCCCAGCAUUACCGCUGGGCUCUCAAGGCUGGGGCCAGAUUUCUGGAUGAAAACGGUUGCAGGAUACCAGAGAAACUCAGUCUCUCAGGAACUGAAGACCCUCCAGCUGUGUGUGAGAUUUCUCCGUUAGUGUCUUACUUUGGAGAGGGUCUGGAGGCGUACAUGAAGAACAAAGACUUCCCUUCUCCCUUUGUACUCGAUGAAAACAAAGCGGAAAUGCUAGGAAAUUCUUGAAGAGCAGGGAGGCCUUUCCCCCUGAAAUCAGAUGUCUGUCUGUCAGAUCCAUUAUAAGAACCGACAUUACUAAAAUGUCGGUAUGAAGUGCGCUAUUAAAAAAACCACAUUGCUUCGCAGUGUCAGAUUGAUGCCAAAUCCUUGCAGCAGCUGUGUUUACACACACAUGCGUGCUCACCAGUUCUGUUUGGUAGCUGUGAAGGCUAUGCCUUUUACCUCCGUCUGUUUUGUAGACUUGGAUGUGAAUGAAGAUGAAUACCUUGCAGGUACCAAACGGAUUUUAUAUUUCUUCUUUGCUGUGCAUACAAUUAUGUAAAAGAGCCAGUCAUGGCCUAAUAAAUCAGCUUUGCUUUCAAGAAGAUUAAAUCUCUUCAGUGCCUUGUUAGGUAUCUUCUUUGUGCUGGUGGGAUUGAGAGUUUUUUUUGGUUUUAUUUUUACAUUGUGUGCACAACUGAAGAAUCAGUUUGAUCCGUCUUUCCCCUAAUCCUGUGCUGGUUAGAAGAUCCAGUCCAGCAAUUGCAUCCUCCAGCCAGCUCGCAGAGAGGGUCUGCUGUAGGUGGGGAUGGUGCUGUGUGUAUGCGUUGCCUGAGGUGUUUUUUCCCAAGCAGAACAGUCUGGUUUGUGUGUCUAGGCUCGCUGGUGCCAUUCCAAGAAAACAUAAGUAAAUAUGCAGCUUAGUCUGAUUGCUCUUUACAGCCGUAGUGACCUGUAUUUUUUAAUUAAAAAAAAAAAAAAGAAAUAGAUGAUGUGAAUUUUUUUCACAACAAGCCUCUGCUCUUCCUGGCUAUAACAAACAUUUAUUUUGCUUUUCUGUUUUCUGUUUAAUGUAUACCAUAGCUCUCAAAGGGGGACUCUUUUUAAAAGUGCCUGAAAGUAAUAAGAGGUAGAAUUUAACGCUUAACCAAAACCAAAAAAAGACUUAAUCUCAGCAUAACCAGCGUACACAGUAAAACACCAGCCUCUGCUUCUACAGUUUCCGGCCAGUUAGUUUUCCACCAUUCUUUCACUUAUGAAAUAAUUAUUUAGGUGCCUUCCUUUUAAAUAUAUUAUUAACUGUAAUGUAAAGUGUCAGCUAAUUAAGGACGCUAAUUGCCAGAACAUUUCUAGCUUGUGAACUCAUCCCUGGCCAAGAGAUCCCAGGGUGGCCGUGAUCCACAGCUGAUUGUUCCUGUUCAGCCUUUGGAUGCCACCCCUCAAGCUCGUGCCAGGCGGGCGCCGGCGCUGGACACGCCAAAGCCCUUCCACCCUUCCUGAGGGUACUCUGGCUGGGCUGCCGGGCGGCCUUUGCUAGAGGAGCACUCUACUUUUACCCUAAACCAGGCGUUAAGGAAGGUGUGGAGGAAGGUGCCUCACCUGGAAUGUUGUUAUUUCAUGCAUCUGCCUCUGCAGAGGAAUUGCCAAUGCUAUUUUAUUAAACGUAAAUCUUUUGAAUAACUUCUGUGGCUUUCUGUAAUUCCUGACGUGAAGCUGUAUACAGAAUGUUGGGGAAGUAUAAAAAUGGCUUUGAGGGUAAACACAGUUUUUAAGUAGGUGCAUGUUUGCCAAAGAAAGCAUCUAAAUGUCAAUGGCAGAGUUUUCAGGUAUCGAGUGUAUCUGCGUGCACCUAAGUAAUGAGCCUUUUGCACAUGCACACCAGCUAAUGACCGUUCCGAUUACCUCAUUUUGCAUGUGCUCCCAGUAAUUCCCAUUUUUAGUAUAAAUUAAGUGUUUCUCCUUGACACUCAGUUCUGUAAUUAUUUUCGCGCAGUGUUUUAUGGGUCAUUCCAUUCCUGUCAGUCGGGUUUUAUGUCUGAGAACAAGCUGUGUUGUAUCUUUGUGAGUAUUGCUCGCUGGUACAGGUGCACGCUCAUUUUAAAUUGCACUGUGCUAUAAAGAAAGGAUAUUUCUUUUGCUCUUUCUAAAGUGCUUUCUCUGUUGAAACGUCAGUUCCAAUGUGCUUUAAUCAUGUGUAUGCUGAGCUGCUGACGUGGUUUUUAGAGGUUGUUUUCAAGGAGAAGCUGAAUUAGAAUGCUGAAUGCCUUGUCUGUUGGGGGUUUUUUCUGUGACUCCUCACAUUUUAAACUGGAACACAGAAAGACUCUUGAGAGAAUGUUAAAAAAAAAAAAAAAAAUCUGUCCUGUAUGUAACAAAAUAAUUCUUAUGCAUUAUGAAAUGAAAAAAGUACCUGAAACAAAGGGAGGUCCUGUUGUACUCCAGAAACUCUUGGACAUUAAGCAUUUUUACAAUAAAGAUGUUACUGUGA